UCAUGUGAUGCCUUCACGCAAGCCCUCCUCUUCAGUGAUUCUAGGCUUGAGGAAGAUGGCGAAGGUUUCCGAGCUCUACGACGUGACCUGGGAAGGUGGGCUUUGGAUUGGACUUUAAGGAAGCCAGAGAUAUAGAGAUGAAGAGAAAGUGAAUUCCAGGCCUGGGUGAUCAACAGUAAUAAUGUACAACAACAAGAAAAUGUGCAAAGAAUAACACAGGCCACUUAGUGGAUCAAAGAGUGUUAGAGAGGAAGAUGGAAAAAGACCAAAAAGAAAUGCGGGAUAAAAUGAGAAAAUGGAGGGAAGAAAACUACCGAAAUAGUGAGCAGAUAGUAGAAGUUGGAGAGGAGUUAAUUAAUGAAUAUGCUUCCAAGCUUGGAGAUGAUGUUUGGAUAAUAUAUGAACAAGUGAUGAUUGCUGCUCUGGACUAUGGUCGGGAUGACUUAGCAUUGUUUUGUCUUCAGGAGCUAAGAAGACAGUUCCCUGGAAGUCACAGAGUCAAACGACUAACUGGCAUGAGAUUUGAAGCUAUGGAAAGGUAUGAGGAUGCUAUACAGCUAUAUGAUCGAAUUUUACAGGAGGAUCCAACAAACACAGCUGCAAGAAAGCGUAAGAUUGCCAUUCGAAAAGCUCAAGGGAAAAAUGUGGAAGCCAUCCGAGAGCUGAAUGAGUAUCUGGAACAAUUUGUUGGAGACCAAGAAGCUUGGCAUGAACUUGCAGAACUUUACAUCAAUGAACAUGACUAUGCAAAAGCAGCUUUUUGUUUGGAGGAACUUAUGAUGACUAAUCCACACAACCACUUAUAUUGUCAGCAAUUUGCUGAAGUUAAAUAUACACAAGGUGGACUUGAAAAUCUCGAACUUUCAAGAAAAUAUUUUGCACAAGCAUUGAAACUGAACAACAGAAACAUGAGAGCUCUUUUUGGGCUUUAUAUGUCUGCAAGUCAUAUUGCUUCAAAUCCAAAAGCAAGUGCAAAAAUGAAAAAGGAUAACAUGAAAUAUGCUGGUUGGGCAGCUAGUCAAAUAAACAGAGCAUAUCAGUUUGCAGGACGAAGUAAGAAGGAAACGAAAUACUCUCUUAAGGCAGUAGAAGACAUGUUGGAAACACUGCAGAUCACUCAGUCUUAAGGUUUUAAAAACUCACAUUAAUUUUAUAAUUCCACAAUCAAUCUUAUUAGUCUGUGAGUUAUAUACUAUGUGCCCACUGCUAUUUAUACCAAGUAACCAUUAAUAAGAUAUUUGUAUAAAAUAAAAAAUGCUUUUUGCUGCUAAGCAGGAUGAUAGAGAAAGCUAACUGAAAUUUCUAAGGAAGAGAAAUCGAAGAAGACUCCAUUAAUUAUGUGUCAUUUGUUAAAUCGUCUCUGUAAACUGCUUUUAAGCCAUAUCUGAUGUAGAAAAUAAACAUAUUAAAUGAAACCAAGAUGGUUUCUUAAA